UUACGAUGAGAAACGCGAGUCCAUUGCGAGUAGGAGGACGUGGGAUUUAUAUUAAGCGAUUGAUUAAUUGUCAUUUCUGGUCCAAUUAACAGUCAGAUAUGUCUGAGGACGAGAGUAACGUAGAGAAAAAGGAGGAGGAGAAGGAGGCCGAGCAGGACGCGGAGGCGACAGAAGGCGACGCAGAAGACGCGAAGGACGAGGCUCCCGAGCCCCCGAAGAAGCGCGCGAGCAGAAUGUCAGUGCCCAAGGCCGCUAAAUCGCCAAAGAAAGCUGGUGCAGGCGUGAAGAAGAAAGCCCCGAAGAAGAAGCAGCAUCCCAAAACACUUGACAUGGUGGUGGAAGCAAUUGAAAACCUCGGCGACAGGAAGGGCUCCAGUGUGCAGGCCAUCAAGUCAUACAUUCUGCAGAACUUCAAGACAGUGAGAGCUGACAUGCUGAAGUCCAUGCUGCGUCGAGCUCUUGCCUCAGGCUUGGAGUCUGGGGUGGUGACACGUCCUAAGGGGCAGGCAGAGACACAGGCAAUGAGUGGGAGAUACCUUCUGGGUAAGGCAGCAAAGAGAGAUGAAGAUGAAGAGGUAAUGCCAAAGGAGUCCAAAAGAGUACAAGAGGCCAAGGCAAGAGCAAAGGCAAAGAAGGUCGCCAAGAAGAAGGCUGCAGCUAAGAGGUCGCCGGCCAAGAAAGUGGCCAAGAAACCCGUUGCAAAGAAGGCCUCUCCGUCAAAGGCCAAGAAACCAGUCAAAAAGGGGAAAAAGGGGAGGAAGUAGGCAAAUAGAGCAAAAGGCAUUUCAUUUCUCCAUACAAAAUCAACUUCAUUUUCAUCCAGUGUCAUCAUUUUAGCAGUCAUGUGUGAGAUAGUCAUUUUUUGUGAUGUGCAUCUGUGUUAUUCAUAAAUUUUUAUAUAGGAAAUGAGUUUAUAUUAUUAGAAUUUUAAGUUUUAUUUUUUAUUAGUUGUGAAUUCUAUCUAAAUUCCAUAGAAUGUGAAUAAUCAAAGUGAAGUCUGUAAA